AUGGAGUCUGGCCUCCUGACCACUCACGUGCUCAACGGCGCAGACGGCGAGCCGGCGCCCGGCGUGGCGCUGAGUCUGCACCGCCUGGACCCCCCACUGAUGGUCUGGAGCCUGCUGGGCCUGGGGACCACGGAUGAAGAUGGACGCUGCUCUGGACUCGGCGCCCGCGAGGCUUUGCGUCCUGGAACCUACAAGCUGCGCUUUGAGACGGGCUCCUUCUGGGAGAGCCGGGGACGGACGUCCUUCUUCCCCUACGUGGAGGUUGUGUUUUCCAUCAGCGACCAGCAGCAGAGGAUCCACCUCCCUCUGCUGAUGACUCGCUUCUCCUACAGCACCUACACGGGAAGCUGA